GCCUCCUCCGGCGCCUCCCUCCCUUCGCUGCGGCUCCUCAGGCUCUCGAGCCCGGGGGCGGCCUGUGGCGCGCGGCGCCCGCUCCGGACCGCGCGUCUUCGGACCUUAAGAACAUGCAUUCGGCUUGGACUGUUUGAAAUUCUUAGUUUGGGGUCCCCGCUCGCUUGCUUUUUCCGCCCCGCGGAUCUUCUGAGGUUUUUUUUUUCUCUCUCUCUUUUUCAUUUUCUCUCUCGGGGCUCUUUUGUAACCCCCCCCCUUUAUGUUCGCCCAGCCUUCCACCCGCUUCUGAGUAGUGGGGGAGGGUUUCGGCCUCGAGGUUCCCGCCCCACCGGGGCCCGGGCGAACAUGGGGGGCAAGCAGAGCACGGCGGCUCGCUCUCGGGGCCCCUUCCCGGGGGUCUCUACCGAUGACAGCGCCGUGCCGCCGCCGGGAGGAGCGCCCCACUUUGGGCACUACCGGACGGGCGGCGGGGCUAUGGGGCUGCGCAGCCGUUCGGUCAGCUCGGUGGCGGGCAUGGGCAUGGACCCCAGCACGGCCGGAGGGGUGCCCUUUGGCCUCUACACCCCCGCUUCCCGCGGGACCGGCGACUCAGAGAGGGCGCCGGGCGGCGGAGGGUCCACGUCGGACUCCACCUAUGCUCACGGCAAUGGUUACCAGGAGACAGGCGGCGGUCACCAUAGAGACGGGAUGCUGUACCUGGGCUCCCGAGCCUCGCUGGCGGAUGCUCUACCUCUGCACAUCGCACCCAGGUGGUUCAGCUCGCACAGUGGUUUCAAGUGCCCCAUUUGCUCCAAGUCUGUGGCUUCUGAUGAGAUGGAAAUGCACUUUAUAAUGUGUCUGAGCAAGCCUCGCCUCUCCUACAAUGAUGACGUGCUGACUAAAGAUGCGGGUGAGUGUGUGAUCUGCCUGGAGGAGCUGCUUCAGGGGGACACGAUAGCCAGGCUGCCUUGCCUGUGCAUCUAUCACAAAAGCUGCAUAGACUCCUGGUUUGAAGUCAACAGAUCUUGUCCAGAGCACCCUGCUGACUGACCCUGCUAGGCUGGCUUGCUGACUCCUCUCAAAGGUUUAUUUUAUUUAUUCCAAGUAAAUGCCCAGACCAGCUGACGGUGUCAGGCAAAUCAGGGACAUUUGCUCUUUUUACCUUCACCUCAAAAUCUGAUGACAUGGGGAGAAGACAAAGCAAGGGUGAGAGUGAGGCAGGGGACUGGACCCUGGCUUCAGAAUGCAGGUCCAAAUGGCCCGCAUGAUGUUUGGCUUCCGGGGCCUUCCUGGACUGAACCAGACGCCCCGGCCGACCAGCCUGCCCUCAGAGGGACACGCUGCUGCCACCGUGAGAUGGAGCAGCAACUCUCGGCCAGAUGGAGCACGACUGACUUCUUCCGACCCACACAGGGACAGACAGCCCUGUUCCUGGGAGGAGGCUCCUCGGACACUGGACAGAGCUGAGCUUGGGACACCAGAGGGAACAGGGCACCCCUUCUGCACUGACUUCCAGAAAAUGGUCCUCCUUCCUCCCUGAGGACACCAACUGGAUGAGAGCGAGUCUGAGAGAAGAAUGAAUUGACCUCUAUCCUUCCCCUCACCGUCAACCCAGGAGGGAAAGGGCAUUUUCUUUUUCACCUUUGAAAGGCGUUGUGGGUCUGUCUUUAAAGUGUUUACAACAACAAAAAAUUAUAUAAAAAAAAGUCUAGUGUC